GGAGCUACUCCGUACGAGCUUCAAACAGCUUUCUCACCUCUGUGCAUACGAUCAAAGAACGAGUUUUCUCAUCCAUCAGAGCUGAACUGCGGUCGCCUUUUACCUGGACACUACGAGACACUCACUCUUCAUCCACACUUCGUCUUUCCCCGUCAGCUACCUUCCAUCAUGUCCAGGCGCUACGAUUCACGGACAACCAUCUUCUCCCCUGAGGGACGUCUGUACCAAGUCGAGUACGCUCUCGAGGCUAUUUCCCACGCGGGCACAGCAAUUGGUAUCCUAGCCCAAGAUGGCAUCGUCCUCGCCGCCGAGAGGAAGGUCACCUCCAAGUUGUUGGAGCAAGACACGUCAGCGGAGAAGCUCUACACUGUCAACGACAACAUGAUUUGCGCCGUAGCAGGCAUGACGGCCGAUGCCAACAUCCUCAUCAACUACGCACGCCAGGCCGCCCAGCGCUACCUCCUCACCUACAACGAAGACAUCCCCUGCGAGCAGCUCGUGCGGAGACUGUGCGACCUGAAACAGUCCUACACACAACACGGCGGUCUCAGGCCGUUCGGCGUCUCCUUCAUUUACGCCGGCUGGGAUCCCAAGCGGCAGUUUCAGCUGUACCAGAGCAAUCCCUCUGGCAACUACGGCGGGUGGAAGGCAACGGCCAUGGGCGCCAACCGGGCGAGCGCCGAGAGCUUGUUGAAGCAGGACUUCAAGGAGGACUGCAAUCUCAAGGAUGCGUGUGGUCUCGCCGUCAAGGUGCUUAGCAAGACGAUGGACUCUACCAAGCUCAAUGCGGAGAAGCUUGAAUUCGCCACGGUUGGUCAGACGAGCGACGGCAAGAUUUACCACCGGCUAUGGAGCGCCGACGAGAUCAAGCAGUUGCUGAAGGAGCAUGACCUUGCCAAGGACGAGACCACGGAGGACAAGUAAAAGCGACGGGCGCACCUGAUGGAUGAAUUUUCGUGAAGAGGAAGUUAAAGGACACUAGAAGUCUGCUAGGGACAGUGUACAAAUACAAAUACCAAUCAAUACAUGCGACGAACGGCUGAUGCCAUGCCCGCCAUUU